GAUAGAUAAUGAUAAUUAUACAGUAUGUAUUAAAUUUAGACAUUCUUCAAGAUCGCAUCUAAAUAAAAAUUCUUUAUUUACUUUCAUUAUUUAUAAAAUACCUCAUGGAAUAUUUCCUUUUUUUCCCCAAAUGAACUAAAAGACAAAUCGAUAUUUUAGUCGCGUUCGUUCCUCUUGACAACUGUGAACACAACAGAAUGUUGCUAUGCAAAAGUAAAAGCAUGUUCGUUAACGGUACAUUCCGUAUCAUCGAAAUAAACAAUAAAAAAUUAUGUGCACGUGUGUAUAUUUAUUAAAAAAAAAAAAAUCUGAAAUAAAAUUAAAUAUUUUUCUUUAAUCGUAAGAUGAACAAUCGCGAAAGAAAUCGAUUUUCAAAAAAACAACGAAGACUCACGAAUAAAUGGUCUUCGGAGGAUACCGACGAUAAGAGGAUAGAAUCGAAUCAAUUGAAAAAUGGAACAAGAAAUAAGAUUCUCGAGUUGGAGGAUCCUUCAAAGGAUCAAUUGGAAAUAUUGGAAGAAAAUUCUUUGAGGAGGGAGGAAGAAAUAAAAGAAUCACGUCAAAGUGUAUCCGGUAGAAGAAAGAGAAGAGCUUUGAAACGAGAUCAAACUUUAGAAAUCACUUCCUCCGCUGAGACUGAAACAGACAAUAAUGUUAAUAAAGUUAAGAAAGUCUUUGAGAAAGAUGAAAUCCUUUCUUCAAGUUCGAGUAAUCGUGCUCGUUCUUCCACCAAUCGUUCGCGCAACAAGUCGAGGAAACGUAAGAACGAUGAUCAAACGAAUAAUAUUGAAAUACCUAUCACAGAUAUCUUAAGAAAAUACGAGGAACCCGUGCCUCCCACUCCACUGACUGCAGAUAAGAUCUACGUUCAAGGUGACAAUGGUUUUAGCACGAUUAAAAUUAUUACCAAGGAGGACGAUCGUAAAAACACCUUGAAAGCUUUUUCGUACGUCUCGAAAUACGAAACGAUUUAUUCACCUAUCGGCAUAGCUAUAUUAGCUCAGAAAUUCUUCAAACGUACUGCAUUUAUUUAUCAAGGUAUCUUAAGUGGAAUGGCCUUGGUACAUCUCGUAAUGAUGCAAUUUUUUUUUCAUUCCUCGAUGGAUUUUAUCUCAAAAUAUUCACGCUUCUCCGAGAUUUAUAGUAGUUUAUUUUCUCUGCUGAUCAUUCUUUGCGUUGUCUCGACAUUCGACAAGUUCGUAUAAAUAUAUUUCAAUUGUUUAUUUAUGUUCUCUUCCCAAUCGGUAUAUUUUUACUGGCUUCUUUUUUUCGAAAGGUUUGAUUUAGCGCAUUUAAAUGUCGAUCGAUCGAGAGACGUCUGCAAAAAUUACGUUGGUUCCGUUAUUGCAAUUUCAUUGUAUUUAACGACCUUGUGUUUGCACGAAACAUAUGCAAACAUGGAUGAUAAAUUAACGUUGAUUCAUUAUCAGGAAGAUUUUAAUAAUACCUCGUGGAAUAACGUGAGUUUUGUCACGAUACCUAUCGAAGACAUUUUUGACGGAUUAACAACUUGGAAACAAAUAAACAUAUCCAAAGAUUUUCUUGCACUCUUGGGCUGGUUUUUUGUGGCGAUUGGAAUAAAAGAGGAUGCUUUGUUAUUACAUCUCGAAUCGAUGCAAGGAUCUACGCAAACGACAUAACAUUUUCCAUGAAAAUGAAAACCGCAUUUGUCUUUUCUUUAACAACAUUUUUUACUCGCAGAAAAUUGCAAUUUUCGCAUUUAUUCGUAACAGAAUAGAGCGUUUGAUAUGUACAAUAUGUAUAAAGUUGAUCUAAUGCUAACAUUUAAAAGAUCAUCUUAAAUAUAUAUAUAUAUAUAUGAUAACGCAGUAAGAAUAAAGUAUUAAUAAUUAUUGUAUAUGGCAUUUUUAUUUUUUUCGUAUUAUUUCGUUUGUAAAAGUCUUUAUUUCGUUAAUAUCGGAAGUAAAAAAUGAAAGAAAUUGGAAUAGAUCGUAAAAUAUAAUUGGCAUAGAAAAAAAAAUAAAAAGCAAUAAUAUUUAUGCGACGUAAAUGCGAUCAAUGAUUAUUCUUGUCAUGCUAAUAUAAAUUUUGCUUUCUUUUAUACGAGAAAAUAAGCAUUUGCUAUUGAAUAUUACGUGCUGUAUAAUAAGGCUUCGUAGAUUUGAAUUUUUACUCUUCAAACCAAGUUAAAUACAUAAAUACAUAUAAAGAUCUUUCCUUUCCAUAAAUUUCAUUCUAUUCUUGGCACGUUUGUGAAAAAAGAGAGAGGAUGAAAUUGAUUAACAUUUGUCUCGAUCUUUCUCUCCCUUUUUUCAAAUAAAAUAAAUAAAAUCUUUUCAUCAUUCGACAAAGGCACUGUUCCGCAAUGAUUUAGGCCAUUUACGUAAGCCUACAUUGCUUCAACGAUCAGAUCUUGUUUAUCCUAAAAACUAACAAAAAAAAAAAAA